CAAUUAGCAUUCGGUUACCUCUAACGCCCUCAAGAAAUUUCCUCUAAUCAAAUUCUUUAUAUUUAUGGAUUACGAGACCUUUCAGAAUCUUCAAGUGUAUCUAUACAAGAACAACCCAUUCCUUGUCCUCCACUCAACCAUCUACGACCAUUGCCAAACCUGACAAGAACAAGAUCAAGAUCCUUUCUUUCAACCUUCUUGACAAUAUGCCUUUUCGCAUUGGAGAAACUCGACUGUUGUUGUUCAUCAUAGAGGAUGAAAAGAUCGAAGCUAAUAAUGGAUGCAACUCCACUAUCACCUUCAGUAUCAGUUCUGCAUCUACCCACCAUCAGAAACUUAAGAGGGAACCAGACAUCCUGAUGGAAGUCAAUUCCGUUCCGAUCGUUGCAGAUAAUGUACACAUUGAUGCAGAAGAAUUUCUUGGUUGCAGCAACGAUGGAGAGGCUUAUUCAAAGAUUUCUGACUUAUUGGCUUCAUUAUGUAUCAACUCUAAUGAUAAACAGAGAAUUGGUAAUAAUAUAGUCAUGCAGACACGUAUUAUUGCAAGAAAAAACUCUUCUUCUUCUUCAGGUAAUCAUAAGUUGCUGAUAAAUGUGGAGAUGCAACUUAAAACAGUAUAUUGGUGGCAAAGAACAGUUCCAGCAACUUGCUCUUCGAUAGCGAAUUUGGAGCGAGGAAGACUUGGAGAUUUUGUUCUUGAUGCGCCUAGUCAGUGUUCAAUCUGUUUAGACGAGUUUCAGGCUCUGUCACAGAUAAAGCGCAUGCCUUGUUUGCAUAUAUUCCACAGUCAUUGCAUUGAUCAGUGGCUGAGUUUGAGCCAUAAAUGUCCCCUAUGCCGGUUUGAGAUGCCGGCUUCUUGUAUUAAUUUCACGUAUUAAUUUCAUGGAAUAGCAAACUCACAACAUGAAAUCCUGAAGAAAAUAACUCCAGCAUUGCGUAAA